AUGGGAAAUACCCAUUCUGGGAAUGGAAUUACUCUAGCAUUUGCAAUUGACAAUACCGGGUCAAUGGGGGACGAUAUUAGUGCAGUGCGUAUAGCGCUGGGAAAAAUUAUGGAUCAUGUUAAGGAUAGAAAACAGCAUCCUAUAGUUAAUUUUGUUGCAACAACUUUUAAUGAUCCAGAUCCACCUGUUAUUUACAAAACUACAGACAGGGAAGAAUUUCAAAAAAAAUUAGAUUCCAUACGUGUGUAUGGCGGUGAUGACUGUCCAGAAUUAGCAAUGUCGGGUAUCAAAGCAGCAAUAGAGGAGAGUUUGAAUAAUUCCAUAGUGUAUGUAUUCACAGACGCUUCGGCUAAAGAUACAGCUUCACUAGGUGAACAUGUAGUUCAAUUAGCCAAACAGAAAUCUGUGCAGGUGACAUUCCUUUUAACCGGAGAAUGUUCAGGGCGACAUGAUGAAAAAUUUUUAAUUUAUGAACGAUUAGCUAAUGAAACAUUGGGCCAAGUUUAUCAUAUUGCGGAUAAAACUCAAGUUGGACAGGUCUUACAAUUCAUUGCAGAGUCGUUAAACGAAAAAACUAAAAUAAUUGGUAGUGGUAAAACAAAAAUUGAGGAUAAAAAUACGGAUACUGGAAGAUAUGAGAAGGAAAUGUAUGUUGAUGUUGAUCACACUAUGAAAUCUUUUACUGUAAUAUUAAAUGGAAAUAAUCCCAAAAUGAUUAUAAAAAAUUCCAAAAACAUUAUUGUUGAUGAUUUUCAAGUAGAAACAAAAGUAAAUUUGGCAGAAAUUUUGAUUAAGCAAGUAAAUAACCCAGAACCAGAAGUCAAUAGUUUUCUGGCACUUCGACCUAUCACAGAAGAUACAGCUAACCCAUGGAAUCCAAACACGGUACAAUUUCUGGAUAUGUCGGGGAAUAAAAUUGGGAAAGUAAUGAAGUUAUUACGUGUGCCUCACUCUCAAAACUUAUUUAGAUCACCAAGGUUUUUAGUUCCCGAUCAAUUAUUCUACAUAGAAGUAACAGGAUACGAUGCCAGUGGUAAUGUAGUUAAACGAAUUUCUAAAUCUGCGAUAGAACCUCAGAAACCAAAUGACAAAGAAAUUAGCCGAAAUGGAGGAUGGUCUGAAUGGUCUGAUUGGACAAAAUGUUCAGUGGCUUGUGGAAGUGGUGUUCGUUUUAGAUAUCGUGAGUGUAACAAUCCUCGUCCUUUAAAUGGGGGAAAUUAUUGUGAAGGUUCACUUGUAAAUCGAGAUCGAUGUAAUGAACAUCCGUGUCCAAGAAAUGGAGGAUGGUCUGAAUGGAAAAAUUGGACUAAAUGUUCCGCCUCAUGUGGAAAGGGUUUAAAAACUGGAUUUCGAACAUGUACAAAUCCAACACCAUUGUAUGGUGGAAAGCCGUGUACAGGUGAUAAUUUUACAAUUGAAGAAUGUGAAUCGAAAUUUUGUUAUCCAGGAAAAAUUAUUCUUCGAAUAGCUGGAUUGGUAAAUGGUAAACGUAUUACUGAACACAUCGUACGUGUAGAUCUUAUAGCUGAUGAUCUUAGGGGAAACAGAACGAAAUUUCGAAUAGUUACCGAAGAUAUUCUACGUAGUCCCUAUAUGUGGAGCCCAAUUUAUCAUCAUAUUACCUCUUCAGUCGCACUGCUGUUUUCAAAAGAAAUGGAAAAUAGUACAAAUGGAUUCGCGUUAUCACGUGGAAACUUUCAUCAGAUUUCAAAGAUUAACUUUCAUAGUGGAGAACUUUUGAAAAUUAGACAUUAUGGACAUGGUGUGGAUAGUAAAGACACAUUAAUAAUUGAUGUUCAAUUGAAUGGAGAUGUACCUGUACAUGCCAGAAAAACGAAUAUACCAAUAUCACCAAAUGAAAAAAUACUCAUGCAUACUGAACCGGGAAAAAUAUACAUCAAACAAUCGUUAAAUGCUACCGAUGAAAAAAAGAAAAUAAACAUUGGAUAUGAUUUAGUAGAAAUAUUUGAAUAUAGCGAUAAGUCAAAAUUUAUGUCAUUUGUACGUCAAAAUUUAAAAUUAAGUGAAUUUAAUACCCAACUCACACCCGAUUCAAGAAUUUUAACAUUUUCCAUGGACAGUUCCAUGGGUCCAGCCACCACACAAACGUGUCCAUCUGGCUAUAUAUUAGAAGAAAGAAAAUAUUGUUCAGAUGUCGAUGAAUGCGUAAUGAGAACACAUAAAUGCAGUCAUGAUUGCAAGAAUUUGCUAGGAAGCUAUCAAUGCACCUGUCCUGAGGAUAUGGAGUUAGAUGAGGAUACUUAUACCUGCAAAAAAAUUGAUAUUCCUGAGAGUCUGGAACUUCUGGAUUAUUCAGAUUCGGAAUAUGAUUACGAGUUACCUGAUAAAAAAGAUGCCAAAUAAAAUGAAAUUCAACAAACAACAAAAAUA